GAACGCUCAGCAUGAUUUAAUGAGUUGAUAUAAUUUCAUCUGAAAAAUGCAGAGAGCACUGGUGCAUGGUGUUUAUAGAGCAAUUAAAAGUAAAACAUUUAAAAACCUACAGUAAUCAAUUACAAUGGGUAAGUUUGCCUAGUUGCAAUAUGAUAGCUCUUUGUUUGAAAAAUGUGCAUUUUAAUUUUAAGUAGAAAACAAGCAUUCUUUGAUGUUUUUUUUAUUUGUGAGAUCUCCGAUGUUCGAUGGGGUGGAAGACACGCACUGGUCACAACUCGAGGUUGCCUGGCUUUGUGUGGCAGAUUCCAGGUCGGUUUGAUAGGGCUAAAGAAGCGGGUCCUGCCUCUGACAGAUCUGAAAAGAAAAAUAAAUGAAACAAACAUAAAACUGUGUGUGCUUGAUUUAAGCAGCCUGAAAUGCAAGGUUAGCAGCAUUAUAUUUUCAACCUUUAUGCUUCGAAACAUUCAUCUGUCUCCUCCGCCACAGACUAUUUUCUCUUAAACCAAAUGAAGGGAACUGUAUAAAAGCAUAUAGAUAUAAAGUUUUUCUAUAAUUGCCCCGUAAAAAUUAUCAGUAAUUUAUAUCUACAUUCGUUUUUAUGAUGACACAUAAAUGUAACUUAAACAAAGUUUUUCACAGUUAAGUCAAGUGUAAAUUAACAGUGAAACACUUAUAAUAAAUACCAUAUUUGCGGUCAUAUUUAUAUAACAUAAAUAUCCUAUAAAAAUUCAAACUUCCGCUGUAGUUCGGUUUACUACACCAACGUGAUUGACCACAGUGAUCUCUUUCCAAACUGUUUUUUUACUUCCUUUGAUUCCACUUUUCAAGGUUAAACUUCUAAUUUCUAAAUUGAAAAAAUUCCUCUUUUUGGCCGGAUAACGUUUCUCCAUGUCGCGGAAUGCGAUGCUUCUACACCCUGAAUUUAUUGGGGCGUGAUAUUUAAAUUACGACCGAUUUCACCCGCGACAUUUAUCAAGGUACGAUCAUUCGAAUCUUGAGAUUGCCGUCAUGCGAAUGUUUGUUGAAUCACACGUAAGCCCUGUCGUAUGACGAUUUCUGCACACGGAUCUGCGUCUGUGUUUUUAUGAACAGCGAGACGUGAUCGAGCUCACGGGCUGCUUUGCCGAGGGGUGUGACUUUAACUAACAGCCAAUCCUAAAAUGGUGACGUCUUGGCUUAUGAAUAAUAAAUACAUAUCGGGACGUAAGCAUAAUAGACUUAGUUGAUUGGAUGGAAGGUGGACGCUAGUCAGAUGGCGAAUCAACAGAUCUGCUGAGGUGACGGUCGCGAUUUAUAAAUAUUAAUCAGAUGUAUUGCGGGGCGGAGUAAGCAAGAAACGCUUGCUUGGCCAAUUUAAUAUUAAUAAUACGCAUUAAUAUUAAUAACCACUGGCUUCGCCAUAGCGGCGCCUAUUCGCAUUUAGCAUGCGGUUAUGUUAGCGUUGUUUCGGCAAAAAGGAUAAGAAAUCCGCAGUAGCAGUAAGUGUACUACGCUUUAACAUUUAAACCGCCUUCUCACGCCGGAGCUCGAUCUAGACAUUUUUAAGGACUUUUUUGGAAUCUGAUGUGUAAUAUGCUGCCUCCCAAAAACUGCAUCCCCAGGAAUUACAGCUGUAUCGCCGGUCUGUUCGGGAGCUUAGCAUCCGAGCAGAAGCUUGAGGACGGAGACAUGGAAGGAGAUGACACGAAUAAAGACUGCGAAAUGCUGGAAAUCAGUGUAGUGUAUGAGAAACCGAGAGGAAGGGAGGCGUCCCUGAGACCCCCGCACAGCCCGAUCCAGCGUCGCAGGUGUAAAUCUCUUCCCACGUCGGCUGAAAGAGCCAAGCUUGAGAUCGCGCGAAGCCGGAGCCCAAGCAGUCAGAAAAAAGUCAGAUUUGCCGACUCUUUGGGCCUGGACCUGAUUUCCAUCAAACACUUUGACGAGACGGAUGUGCCCGAGGUACCAGAGCGUAUCGCUGACAAAUUCAGAAAAGCAAGAGCUCUUCACUUAAACAACUUCGACAAGUCCAGCACGUCGAGCCAGUCUGUGUUCAUGGAGCUGCUCUUCACCAGUCCAGGUUCGCUGCCAGACUUCCUGAACAGAGUUAAAGAUGAAAAGGUUUUACUGGAAUCUGUUCAUGCGGAUGAGUUCAGUCUCGCAGGAGUCGUGCGUGUUCUUAAUUUGGCUUUCGAGAAAAAUAUCUGUUUGAGGUACUCUUUAAAUAACUGGACGUCAUUUAUGGAUGUUCUCGCGUUUUACGUGCCCCAUUCAAGCGACGGACUGACGGACAAGUUUAGCUUUAAAAUUAUCACUCCUAACUUUAUGGAGUGUGGAGGAACCCUGCAGUUUGCCAUCAGGUACUUUGUCUGCGGAGGUGAAUUUUGGGAUAACAACAAUGGAACUAAUUACAAAGUGAGACGUCACAGGUUUAAAAUUUCUCCUCUGAGGGAGUGGGAAAACGGCUGGAUCCAUUUCAUUUAGAGCACACAUUGGCUCUGUGCACAUUUCAGAUUUACAAACAAAUGACCCACUGAAGGCCACUAUAUCGUUAACACUAACGGAUGAUAACGUCUUAAUAAGGUUUCAACUCUGCGCUACAUUUUCACUUAAAUAAACAAGCCCCUUUGGUUCCAAUGGAUCUUUAUUGUAAGUAUUAUCGUUCAUCUGACAGCAAAAAUGCAGUGAAAGUGAUUCAAACGAUAUUGUUCCUCUGUAUCGUUAUAUUCAUAAUUGUAGUUUGAACUCCUGAGCAGAGUGAUUUACAUUUGUGAAACAAACAUAUGCAUUUAACAAAAGACCAUAAAGUUAACUUGCAGGUUUUCUCUUGUAUGUGAAAGCUAGUUCCGCCUUCUCAAUGACAGCAGACACAUCAUUAUAGACGAACCGGAUUGAAAAUAUUCUGUAGUCUGAUUUGGCCAAUAAUGUUACCUGAUGGUGCGAUAACUUGCACUUUUUACAUGGCUUUCUAAAAAAACAUACUUAACGUGGAAUAAUGCAUGAAGACAAAUACAUGUAAAGAUCAAAUUCAGCACACACCUUAUUAAUACUGCUAUACUAUGUACAAGCAAGCAGAAGAACCCGAAAUAUAAAUACCACAAGCAAAAUGACAGCUCAUAAAGGGGAGGGAAACACCAUGAGUACCCUUUCGAGUUACACAUUUAUAUUCUGUUUUCUUCUGCUUACCUGCUUUAAGAAGAUGUAUACACUGUAAAAUUUUGCCACACAUGUGCAAACGGAGCAGUUAUAGCUAUAUCUUUCUCUUUUAUUGUGAGGAACUUCAUAUAAAGUCAGCUAGUUUACCAUAAAUAUAACCACUAAAUUGUAUUGGUAGACACAUUUGUAUGGAAGCAAAUAAGAGACAUAAUGUUUUGAAAUUUAACAGCCUAUGAAUACUUGAUUUUGAAUUAUUUAACUUUGGAAACCAUG